AUGUCUACCACACAUGACGAAUUGAUGUCCCUCGAAGAGCUUGAGAGAUUGAUGGAUGAGCAAGAAAUGAACAAUGCCAUGGCAACAACAGCUUCAGCUUCAACAACCAUUUCAUCCAGUACUGUUACCGCCAUCGCUAUGGCUACCGCGUCUAAUGAUAUCUCGGAAGCUAGCAACGAGAAAAGCUCUGGCGUCACUUUACUUAAAGAGCCAUAUAAAGAUCAACAAACACCAUCUCUCCCAGAAAACACUUCCGGCGCAAAGAUGUCGAAGAGAUCCGGUACUCGAGCCAGAGAGCGCAAGGCUAAAUCGGCUCGGAAACUAUCAAAAAUCCCUGUUUACAUCACAGAGAACCGAGAAGCUCACCAAAGCUACUCCAUGGCGAGAGUCCCAUGGACUGAUCAGCACGAUAAAGAACGCACUGCCGCCUACUUUGAAGAUGCCACUCUUGCUAAGCAAGCCGUUUCUCUCUCCUUCGACGAGUCUGAAGGCUCUGGCGCUAUCUCUCCUCCGGCUACUAGCAUGGCAAAUGCUUUAAACUCCUUUCCUACCAAGCCGCUUGCACCAAAUUCUAGUUCUGAGCAACUAGAUAUCAGGCUCUUUACUCCUACUACUCUCGGUAGAGGUAAAUCCACUAGUUUGAGCCCUUCUUCAGCACAACUAGGCAAGUCUAACUCGGCUACUACCCGAGGUUCAGGAGGCCCUCUUGAGGUCAUCACGAUUAGCUUCCCAACUAUCGGGGUUUUGUAUUCUGUAUUGAAGGAUUUAAAUGCGGCUAAAGAGUCUAGCGCUGGUGGUAUGUUAACCUCAAUCAAAGGACCAAUUGGGGAGAAUCAGGUAGAGGUUUCUGGGCCAAUUGGGUCUAAUAUUCGUGGGUUUGUUAAGAAAACUUGCCCUCGGCUAAGUGGGAAGCAGAUAAAGGCUGCAGUUAAGUGA